CGCCCAAAGGUCCAAACUCCAGGUCUUGAAUUUUAGUCUGCAACCUGCUGCAGCUUCUCUCUCAGCCUCCUCCUCUCCGCUCUCCUUGCCUUUGUUGAUAGACCUUCUCUCUUCACCCGCCCGCCUUCACCUUGCGCCAGGCUCUGUGAUUGAGAUACCCAACCAACACCACCACCGCACAGCCCUCGACGCACCGUCGCAAUGGUCAAGGAAACCAAGUACUACGAAAUCCUCGGCGUCUCGCCCGACGCCAGCGAGGCGCAGCUCAAGUCCGCAUACAAGAAGGGCGCGCUGAAGUGGCACCCUGACAAGAACGCACACAACCCUGAUGCCGCCGAGAAGUUCAAGGACCUGUCGCACGCCUACGAAGUCCUGUCCGAUUCCCAGAAACGCCAGCUCUAUGACCAGUACGGUGAGGAGGGUCUAGAGGGCGGUGCCGGCGCCGGCGGCGGAAUGGCUGCGGAAGACUUGUUCGCGCAGUUCUUCGGUGGUGGCGGCGGCGGAUUCGGCAACAUGUUCGGUGGUGGCAUGAGGGAAACUGGCCCCAAGAAGGCCAGGACCAUCUCGCACGUCCACAAGGUCUCACUCGAAGAUAUCUACCGCGGCAAGGUCUCGAAGCUCGCUCUGCAAAAGUCUGUCAUCUGCGCCAAGUGCGAGGGCCGCGGAGGCAAGGAGGGCGCCGUCAAGAAGUGCGCUGGCUGUGAUGGCCGUGGUAUGAAGAUGAUGAUGCGCCAGAUGGGCCCCAUGAUCCAGCGCUUCCAGACCGUUUGCCCCGACUGCCAGGGCGAGGGUGAGAUCAUUCGCGACAAGGACCGCUGCAAGCAGUGCAACGGCAAGAAGACCGUCAUUGAGAGGAAGGUUCUUCACGUCCACGUUGACAGGGGUGUCCGGAGCGGCACGAAGAUUGAGUUCCGUGGCGAGGGUGACCAGCUUCCGGACGUCGAGCCCGGCGAUGUUGUUUUCGAGAUCGAGCAGAAGCCCCACCCGCGCUUCCAGAGGAAAGAUGACGACCUGUUCUACCACGCCGAGAUUGACCUGGUUACCGCUCUUGCUGGUGGCGUCCUUCACAUCGAGCACCUGGACGAGCGGUGGUUGACCGUCGAGCUCAUCCCUGGCGAGGUUAUCAGCCCAGGCGACGUCAAGGUUGUUCGCGGCCAGGGUAUGCCUUCCUACCGCCACCACGAUUUCGGCAACCUCUACAUCCAGUUCGAUGUCAAGUUCCCCGAGAGGAUCGCUGGCCCCGACGGUACCUCCAUGCCCGAUGAGGACAGGCAAGCUCUGGAGCGCAUCCUUGGCCCCCGCAAGGUUGAGGCUCCCACUCCUCCGGCUGAUGCCAUGACCGAGGACUUCCAGCUCGACAACGUCGACCCGACUAGGGAACACGCCAGGUCACGUGGCGCCGCAAUGGACGAUGAUGACGAUGAUAUGCACCCUGGUGCCGAGCGCGUCCAGUGCGCUUCGCAGUAAGCGGUGGAUUAUUUUGCUUAUGGGCUACGAAUGAAACGAACGAGGGUCCGGACAGCAUGACGAGAGUUUUAAGCAUGAUGAAGAAGGUGUCGGUUGAGUGAGGCGCAAAGCUACUUGAUCGAGACGCGGAGCCAUGAAGAUUAACCAGGGCCUCGGAGUCGGAGUUCAGUAGAGGUCGGGUGACAUCUUUGUUAUUCUGCACGUUGCAAUACACGAAGCUUUUUUUUACUUUCCUACCGUGCACGCCUUUUCCCGUCAUGGCGGUAGUUAAGGCUCAGCGGGUAGGCUCUCUUGCAUUGUUUCUUGUUCCUUACUGGCAGAACAACCAGGUAGACGGGGUGUUUUUUCUAUUUGACUGGGUUUUGUUUUGGAUCCGGUGCACAACGACACAUUGUCCUGCUUCAAAAACUUUUUUGGGCAGCUUUCUUGUGUGCUUGCCCCUAACGUCGGCGUUCUGUAGUCUAAAUGGAGUUCUUUCGGCAC